CCUUUGGUUUGUGUCCCCCGAGGCCCAAGGCUCUCUCUCUCACAGUUCUUUCUUCUCCCUCACUCUCCCUUAUCUCUCCCUCUCUUGCACAGACUCUCCCCUCCCAUUUUCCCGGCAACACCCACACACCCAUCUACCUUAACAAAGACGAUAGCAGCAACACUCACCACCAUCCUUCUUUCCCUGCAAAUUCCAGGGAGUUAGGAUUGAGGGAGGAUCACCUUAACCUCCCCAUGGUUACCGUUACUGUAUAGCUUCCUUCUCCGGCACGGAAUUAGAAUCCACAUUUCCAUCUUGUUCUGAAGAAAUGCAUAUGGAGUUGCAAUUUCUUCAUGAUUUCUUGGUUACAAAUGCACUCAUGCUUUUCACAUGAAGAGAUAAUGAUAAGUUAGCUCCUAACUACUCAACUCAACUCAACAGCGGUACUUAUAUACUUUCAGCUCUUCCACUUGGACUUGAGAGUUGAGUUGAGAUCACAAUGUACAAGAGUAAGCUGCAGGAGGUCUGCCAUGGGAAGCAAUGGGGGUUGCCAACAUACACGGCCAUGAAAGACGGACCGGAUCACAACCCUUGCUUCAGGGCCUCUGUUUCGGUCAAUGGCUUCUCCUUCGAUUCCCCGGUUGCUUGCAAAUCGUCCAAACAAGCCCAAAACCAAGCUGCCAUGCUCGCUUUCUUUCACUUCACCUCUCCACCUUCUUCUAACCUUUCUUCUGGCGCUGCUGAUCCAGAGGUGUACAACACUUUGAAGGAGGCAGAGCGCGCAGCUGCAAACACUGUUUUGAUGUCACUGUCAGAAGACAGCUCCCGAAUUAAUGAUGAGAUGGGACAUUACAAGAAUCUUUUGCAGGAGUUAGCUCGGGAAGAAGGCUUUUGCAUGCCGACAUAUAAAACUGUGAAAUCCGGUGCAUCUCAUAUGCCAACAUUCUCUUCCACUGUGGAGGUAGAAGGUGAGCAGUUCUGCGGGAAAACAGGGAAAUCCAAGAAACAGGCGGAGCUGAGUGCUGCUAAGGUUGCCUAUAUUUCGUUAAAAAAGCGUGGAUUGAGUCGGAGUACUAAGCUGAGUUCCCCCCAUGUAUUAGAAAGUGCCAUCAAAACCACUCAAAGCUCAGACUUGACCAUUGCUGUUGAGCCACUUGAGAAUCUCAUACACGAACAUCAAUCGGUUUUAUCUCCAGCUAUCAAGUAUGAGGACCGUGCUAACGAAACUAAAGAAGUGCUAAUGGAUAACAUGAACAAAACCGGACAGUCUUCCUCAUGUUCUGAAUCGAUAUUCCCUUCAACUGAAGAAAGCGGUCCCUCUCAAACAUUUAAAAAACUGAAACCUCCUGCUGAUGUUUCAAUUUCCGAUACAAAUGGAUGGAAAGGUGGUGGACUGAAGAGUUACUUGCUGUGCCACAGGGUUAGAGUUUACAACCAAUUUCCAGAUAUUUCACUCCCUAAUCACAUAACGGUGCUGCCCAUUAGUGAUGACAAGUGGGUUCCCUUCAUCCUGGAGUUCCCAAAUGAAGAAAGCAAUUGAGUUGUGGAGACGGUUCUAACUUUUACCAGAAAUGGUCUUCUACACGACAGACUUAGUUUUAUGUUUAAUUCUACACGGAUACUAGAAUAAAUUUUAUGUUUAAUUCUCAAAACUGAUGGCAAGUAGCCUUUUCUCGUGCUCAUCCCCGUUUGCAUCAGUCUGAUAACCAUAUGAGUUAUAAUAAAUUGCAUUCCUUUUGCUCACUGA